AUGACUUCAAGCGUUGGUAGUGCCUCUACUACGAACGCAGGCAGUAGUACCUCCUCGCUGAGCAAACCUCCGAUAGCUGCUUCAACGUCGCAUACGUCGCUGCAAAGUGCAAUAGGCUCUAAGCCCUCAAAAGACAGAAGGACUCUGCGAGAUGUGAUAGUAAACGAGCUGUCUCAGCAAAAAGGUGGCGGAUCUACCGUGAAACUUAUAGGAUUGAACGUGACGAAUAUUUUGGACUCAGAUGUGGAGCUUUUAAGGAAUGUCGAACGACUAUCGCUGCGGAGGAAUUUAUUGAUUAGUCUACCAUCAAGUUUUUGUUUACUUAAAAGUGUCCGUUAUUUGGAUCUCGAGAGUAAUAUUCUCAGAGAGAUUCCGCCAGCCCUGUUACAAUGUCCAAAGCUUGAAAUUUUGGAUCUCUCACAUAACAAUAUAGAAAGUUUACCACAGGAUAUCUCAAGUUUAUGGUCACAACAGCUAAAAGUUCUCUCACUGAAAAAUAAUAAUGUGGCAUCAAUAUGGGAUCUAAGUCCUAUUGUGAAACUUGAAAACCUUCGUGUUCUUGAGAUUGUCGGUAACCCCAUCCCUAAUGAAGAGUUAGAGCUAGUACGAACAUAUACACCUAUUGCUGCGAAUAUAGUCAAAGAAGAAUACUGGGCAAUAGCACUCCGAAGAUACUUGCUGAAUCAUCCCUUACCCUCUAGACCGUUUAAUGUCUCCGAUGAUACACGUAUCUCAAAAGCAGCUAAAAGGAUGGGUUUUAUUAGCACAACAUCGCCAGUAGAUUCUGAUCGUGGAGUUUCAAUUACAUCCUCGCCCGUUUCUUAUACUGCUCCGAAUUCGGGCAAUGAUACCGAUACAGCUUUCUCGAAUAAUGAGAAUGCCUCCAAUAAUAAUGAUCUAUACAACCAUUCAAAAUUUAAUGACUAUUUCAAAAGAUUGUCAGUCCUUCCAGAGGAAUCUGCCAAUCAUGAGCAACAUAAAGUAUCUCACGAUGAACUAUUAAUCGCGUGUCGUAAGUUACUUUUCAGCUUUACAGAAUGCCAGCAAAACAUUAGAAAAAUAGCAUCAUUUUGCAAAGAAAAAUCCGUUGCUGUUAGUGUCGUGUCACUUUUAUAUUCUGUAAGAUCACAUAUCGAUGAUCUUGUCGAAGUAUUAGAACAGGCUGAAAACGAAGAUAAAUCUCACGAUGGAGCAUUAAUUAAGCUUUGCAUUACAAUCAUAUCGAUAUUCAAAAAUAUCAUCGGUCAAUUAAGAAAAAAUUUCAAAUCUUUUUUUGAAGCUGAUGAUCUUUGUUUCAUAAGAAUGUUUUAUAUGACAUUGCUAUGUUCUUAUACUGAGAUUUAUAAUGCUUGGUGCUACAUUGACGCUGAAGAAGCCAAGUUAUCUAGAAAAAAACAAAGAGCUCGUGGGCAAUCGGCCAUCGUGCGCCCUUCGUCAGGUGGCAAUUCCACAGGAGCACAAGUCGCUGGGGCCGCAUACCUUCCAAGAACGCGCAGCAACACGCUCCAGUCUAGAGCGCCACCAAACGGUUUGAGUAUAUCAACAGCAGGCCCUUCUUCAAAUGAAGCUAGUCAUGGAAAUGGCAGUAACGUCGCAGGCUAUCCUUCAAGCAUCAUUUCGCCUAGCCUACACACCACAUCUCCGCCACAUACUCUACUUUCUCAAAUAAGCCCGCGAGCCACGACACCUCCCCAAGGUUCUUCCACGGUGUCAUCCAUUUCCCAGCUCUCCUUUGACUUCAAGCAUGGUGAACAGUCUCCAAGACAACAUCACGGUAAUUCUCCGAGAGCUCAGAAAUCUAGCGAAGGCUUUCAAGUGAACACUCGUGAUGGCGGAACAGAUUCCGAAUCCGGUUCACCGUCUGGAGGUGGUACUAAUGUGGAUGUUCAACUAUAUCAAACACUGAGAACUGUAAUUAUUAUGGUUAAUGUAGUGUACGAUCAAUUGACCUCAGAGAUAUCUAAAGCGGCCCUUGCUAGCACCACUGGACAGCAGGAACUUACAGAUUCGCUUUUGACAAAAAUACGUAGUUUGACAGACACUUGUUGUCAAGCAAUGGAACUGUCAAAAAUUCUGAAUGAACGGUUACAACUUCUGAUGUCAGACCUGGAAAUCUCGGAAAAAUAUUUCACCACUGGAGAGAAAGUGAAAACAUGGGAGAGUAUAAAUGCAUUUCUCAAAUCUAUCAUUUCUAUUCUUGCCAGUACCAAAAUUGUCAUGACUGAUAUGCCUGCUUUAAAUGAAAUUAGACCAAACUUGGCUUCUCUGGCGAAAAUUACCAAGGAUGUCACUGUCAUUCUAGAUUUGAGUUCUUACAAAGGAGUCUCCGUGAUUGCUGUUCAAAAUCAACAACAGCUACAACAUCAGCAUCAACAACAGCUACAGCAACAAUCUGAAAUACCGGAGGAUCAACGAGAUGCUGCACAGUACUUUCGAGUGACAUCUACCCCACAGCCUCCACUUCAAACAACUUCAAAUGAGGAAUAA